AUGGCCGGUUCGCGCCGCCGCCGCCAACUCAAGCGGCAGAGGGAGAGGCAGCAGGCGGCCGCCGCAGCUGCCCCUGCACCUGCCCCUGUCCGGCUGUUCAACUUCCACUGCUUUCCGCCCGAGCUGCUGGCCGAGAUCCACCACCGCCUCGCCUUCCUCGAGCGGCUCGCCUUCGCCUCCGUCUGCGGCGAGUCGGGGCAACUCUUGAGGGAGACGCCGUGGCUCAUCCUCCCCGCGGAGAACGCGGACAGGGCCAGGGUCUUUUCCGUGGCCGACGGUGAGUCCGCCACCGUGCGCACCUCGGACGUGGCCAUGCGCGGCCCCGUCGCCAUCGGCUCCUCGGGCGGGUGGCUCGUGACGGCCGACGACCGGGGCGCCCUGCGAAUGACCAACCCGGCCACGGGCGCGCACGCCGACCUGCCGGCCAUCACCACCGUCCCGUUCAUCGAGCCGAAACCCGGCGGCCACUGGUUCUGCCUCGACGUGCAUCCCUUCCUGCAGGUCCGCUUCGGAGGCCAACCCCCACCCCCGCCGGCGCCGGGACACAGUUACGACUACCCAACGGCGAGGACGUUCACGGUCACGGCCGCCCAGAUGCGGCAGGUGUUCUACCGCAAGGUCGUCCUCUCGGAAUCGCCGCGCCCGGACAGCUACGCCGCCAUGCUCAUCAUGGAACGGUGCAUCGGCGCCCCGGCCUUCGCGACGGCGGAGGACGGCCCGGACCCCUCGUGGAGGAUGGCGCGCUCCCCCGACGCCGUCGAGGACGCCAUACACCACGACGGCCGCUUCUUGUCCAUCACCUACACCGGCCGCGUCGAGGCGUGGCAGCGCGACGCCGAGACCGGCGAGUUCACCAGCGAAGAGGUCGCGCCGAGGCUGGCUUACGAGGACAUGCACCUGCGCCGCAAGUACAUCGCGGCGUCGAUGGACGGGCGACUCAUUGCCGUGCUCAAGCACGCUGGGGAUUUUAAAAGUGACGACGAUCAUCCCUACUCCAGGGCCAGGGGCACGCGCACGCGCGUUUCCUUCAAGGUCCAGAUACUGGACCGCGUCAAGGGCCGGUGGGAGGAGGCGGCGGACAUCGGCGACACCGCGCUCUUCGUCGGCGUCAACGGGUCGAUGUGCCUGUCGACGAGGGAGCACCAGGGCAUUAGGCCCGGCUGCGUCUACUUCACCGACGACGAGGUCGGGGCGGCCUGCCUACGCGAGGCCAACUGCCAGCUGAGAUCCUAUUCCUACGGCGAAGCCGACGACAUCGAGCUCAGAGACGUUGGCGUCUAUAACCUAAAGGCCGGCAGUGUAGAGACUAUACGUGCGCUCGGCAAGCAUCAGCUAUGGCCGCCGCCGGCGUGGUUCACGCCUUCCUUCUUGUGA